GUCCCCCCCCCUUCCGUUCUUUCAUAGUCAAUUUGUCACGCAAUUCUCUCUCUUCUCCAAAUCUGUAAACGCACUGUUCGUUUUGAUUGCACAUUGACGAAAGAGGGCCCCCAAAGAGCUGUGGAUAAUCAUAUCCAUGGAUUCGCAUGUUGCUAUGGAGCCCACCAGUGGAUAUUCUUCCCAAACCAAAACCUUCCACAGCCUCCGGCCGCCGGUCUCCUUGCCCCCCUCCGACCACCCUCUCUCCGUCGCGCAAUACGUCUUCUCCCUGCUCCGUUCCCCCGAUACCGCCGCCUCGGACACCUUCCUCAUUGACGCCGCCACCGGCCGGAAGCUCUCCUACUCCGAUUUCCUCCGGCAGGUCCGGUCUCUCGCCCGCUCGAUUCGAUCUCGGUUCCCUUCUCUUCCGCAGAAUGGAGUCGCGUUCGUUCUGUCUCCGACUUCCGUUCUCGUCCCGCCUCUGUUCUUCGCUCUGCUCUCGCUCGGCGUCGUCGUUUCGCCUGCCAACCCCCUCUCCACUCCGUCCGAGUUGGCUCACAUGGUCCGACUCAGUAAACCCGCAAUCGGUUUCGCUAAUUCCGCUGCUUGUAACAAACUCCCUCAAUUUCCGCUGGGAACCGUUAUCAUUGACUCGCCCGAGUUUAUCGACAUGCUCGAUGGACCAGCUUUUGAUGGCGACGAUUCAUCUGACCGCCGAGCUAUUCGUCAGUCCGAUUCGGCAGCCAUUCUCUACUCGUCCGGCACGACCGGCCGAGUCAAGGGCGUCGAGUUGAGUCACCGGAAUUUCAUCGCUCUUAUCACCGCCCUGUACCAUAACAAGUUCUCCAAAGGAAUUUCUCCGGCGGCGGAAGAGGACGUGUCGCUCCUAAUGCUGCCGCUGUUUCACGUCUUUGGGUUUUUUAUGCUUAUAAGAGCAGUGUCGAUGGGUGAGACGGCGGUGAUAAUGGACCGAUUCGACUUUGGCAAAAUGCUGGCGGCGAUUCAGAAGUACAGGGUGUCAUACCUCCCGGUGUCGCCGCUGCUGGUGGUGGCCAUGGCGAAGUCUGAUUUGGUGGCAAAGUACGACCUUAGCUCCCUCACGCUGAUCGCCUGCGGCGGCGCACCGCUUGGAAGAGAGGUUGCAGAGCGGUUCAAGGCGAGGUUCCCGAACGUGGAUGUUCUUCAGGGCUAUGGCCUGACCGAGACGUGCGGUGGAACUACAGGGAUGAUAAGCCCCGAGGAAACAGAGAGGUAUGGUUCAGCUGGUCGCCUUCAUCCAACCCUGGAGGCCAAGAUAGUUGAUCCUGACAGUGGGGCCCCUUUGCCUCCAGGGCACAGGGGUGAGCUGUGGCUGCGCGGCCCCUUAAUAAUGAAAGGCUAUAUUGGCGAUAGUUCUGCAACUGCUGCAACAUUAAAUUCAGAAGGGUGGCUUAGAACAGGCGAUCUCUGCUACUUUGACUCGGCUGGGUUUUUAUUUAUCGUGGACCGGUUGAAGGAAUUGAUAAAAUAUAAAGCCUAUCAGGUUCCUCCUGCUGAGUUAGAGCAUCUGCUACAGUCCAUCCCUGAUGUUUCUGAUGCAGCUGUUAUUCCAUAUCCCGAUGAAGAAGCAGGGGAGAUUCCAAUGGCAUAUGUUGUCAGAAUACCUGGAAGCAACAUCUCCGAAGCUCAAAUAAUGGAUAUAAUUGGAAAACAGGUUGCACCGUAUAAGAAGAUCAGGCGGGUCUCGUUCAUCAACUCCAUUCCUAAAUCUCCAGCAGGGAAGAUAUUGAGAAGAGAACUGGUUGCACAUGCCGUAUCUUCCGCCUCGGCUAAGCUAUGAAAACACAUUGCGAUUUGGCCACCUCUACUGCAGAACACAAUGUCAUGUAGUCACUUGACCAGUCCACAUUUCCCUCUGUUUCCUGCAAAUCGACGCCUUUUAUGCGGGUAAGCUAUCGAGUUUUUGCAUGAAGGUUCGAGUUUUGAAUUGAAGAUAUUCAAAAUAAUCAAGUUAUGUUGGAAUUUAUUUAAUAUAGGCUUGUAGAACCUAAGGUGUAGUGAAAGAAGCUCGGUUAGGGCUCAUAAUAUAAAGGUGUUUAUGGACAAUGUAAGAUUAUUUCGCCGGGAUUAGAGGCAAUAUGAAUAAUAGCCGAGUGACUUCAAUCAUGUGUGGGCAUAAGCAAUAAUGUCCAUUGAACGGU